AUAAACCCUCAGCCGAUGGAAUUAGGGUUUAGUAUAAAGAGUGGAAACUCCCACUUCAUUUUGCUGCACGCCCCAUUUUACCUAUCGGAGCAUUGGUCAGGCAAAACCCUAACGCAAAUCAGUGCCAGAAGAAGACGAUGGCGGCGGUUCCAGGACAACUGAUUUGGGAGAUUGUGAAGAGGAACAACUCUUUUUUGGUGAAGGAGUUUGGAAGGGGAACAGCUGGUGUUCAGUUCAGCAAAGAGGCCAACAAUUUAUACAAUCUGAACUCCUACAAGCAUUCUGGUUUGGCCAACAAGAAGACUGUCACAAUUCAACCUGGAGGCAAAGAUCAAUCCAUUUUGCUUGCGACAACCAAGAGCAAGAAACAGAACAAACCUUCUUCAUCGCUUCAUAAAUCUUUGAUGAAGAAAGAGUUCCGUCGGAUGGCAAAAGCUGUAACAAACCAGGUGGCAGAUAACUACUACAGGCCAGAUCUGAAGAAGGCUGCCUUGGCAAGAUUGAGUGCUGUAAACAGGAGCCUCAAGGUUGCCAAGUCUGGUGUUAAGAAGAGGAACAGGCAAGCUUUGAAAUCAAAGAAGUGAGAUUUAGGAGAAUGAUAAAUGAGAUUUUGCGUUUGCCAUUGUGUUUUAUGUUGGGAUGUCAACCUUUUUAGUUCAGUUUGGAAUCUGAAGAAUAGUCUUGCUAUAGAUGUUUUUUUUUGCUGUGUUUUGCAUUAUUAUUAUAUGAUUGUUUUCUUGAUGUGAAGAACUUUUUGAAGGCAAUCUUAUGACUUUGUUUUGGUAUUGUGUUAUUUUAGUUUGUAGUUGAAAAUUACUAAGAUAUUGCGAAGGCUACUUAAUCUAGAAAAUGAAUAAUAGCAACCUUACCUUUUGGUGAUUUA